AUGGCGACCUACGUCGGUGCAUUCGAUCCUCAUCCCAACCCGUUCCAACCUUUGCUCCAGCACCACAGUAACCCUCGGCACGCCCUCGCCCAUCACCCCACCUCGUCGUCCCAUCUCCCAGGCGGAUCCCAUCGUCUCCAGCCUCAGGGAGGGCAACGACCAGGAUCAGGGCUAGCGCAACCGUCGUCCUCGACGAUGUCAUCCGAUCCCAAUGACCGCUCGUCGUGGCACCCGUUGCCGUCGAUGUACCUCCCCACCGCCGCGAGCUCGAGCCUGUUCGACCCCGCUCAGCCGUUACUGCUCGCCGCUUCGGCACUCGGCACCGUGUCGACCUACUUCUGCAACCCCAUUUCGGGUCUCACUUCGCGCUACACGAGCUACAGCGCGCACCAGGGUCCGGUCGGCGAGAUCGCGGUCGACCAGAACGGCAUCCUCAGCGUAGGUGGGGGAUCCGCUUCUCCGUCCUCGUCGUCCUCGUCGGCGAGGCGUAACCGGUACUCGAGCAUCAAGAUGGCCAAUCGGAGAGGUCUGACCUCGUGGACGAUCGAAACCGAUACGACCAUGCCGCUCACCACCUUUGCCUACACCCCCGCGAGGUCGUCCGAGAUCGUCACCACCGGUCCCGGGUCGGAUAUGUUCGUCGUCAACCUCAACCGUGGAUCGGUCGUACGACGUCAAGCCACCCCAUCCCCGUUCGUUCACUUGAGACGAUCAACACACCUCGUCGCAUCGACAACGACAGGUUCUCUCGUCCUGCUCGACGCGCGCACCUCGGAGCUGUCGACGACCGAGACCGUGCUCGCCCAUACAGGGGGUAUCUCCCAACUCGAGGUCGAAGGCAACUAUAUCCUCACCAUCGGCUACACCAUGCGUCAAGGUCUCCCCUUACCCGACCCUUAUCUCAAACUCCAUGACGCGCGCUUCCUACGACCGCUCUCCCCGAUCCCCUUCCCGACCCCGCCAGCGCUCAUCAAGUUCCACCCGAGGGUAUCGGGCUCGGUCUUUGUCGCCAGUGCCGAGGGGAGGGUCCAGAUGCUCGACCUCAAGGAAGUCGGCAAAGGAUCCGUCUUCCAGAUCGACACACCGGCCUACCUCUCGUCCAUGGCCGUAUCCCCCACGGGCCAAGGACUCGCCUUGACCGACACCGAAGGCUACGUUCAUCUCUGGUCCGCGCAGAAUGACUCCAAGUUUCUGCGCUUCGAGACGGAGCAGAUCGAGCUCCCCGAUGUCGUCGAUCCACCCGAAAGAAUUCACUGGAACGAUCAGACCCCGCUCAACUCGAUCGGUAUGCCUUACUACUCGCAACCUUUGCUGUCUAUGGCCGCAGCGAACAACUCCGAUCUCCGUCCUCACCCUCUGCACCACCGGAAACCCAUCUUGGACCCCGCGCUGUUGGCCAGCGUCAAGCAGGUCGACUUUGUCGGGUACGCCGCCUACCCUCCUAGUAUGAGGGUGGCACAAAGGAGGAACCAAGUUCCCAAGAUGGUCGACGAUCAACGCCGUAUGGGCAUGGACGUCCCCAUGUUCAGGAGUGACAGGGAGCGAGCGGCGAUGAAGAAGAAGCGCGAUGGGGUGACGGAGGAACAACAGGCUCUCAAGGAUCUGAAGGGGGACCUUGCGGAGGAGGAAGAUAGUGAAGAGGAUAAGGGCAAGAAGAAGAUGCCGAAUCAUUAUCGCAAGGUCGAGAUUCAGUAUUCGAGGUUUGGUGUCGAGGACUUUGAUUUUGGGUCAGUCUCUCCGCGGUCGCGCCAUGGAGGUGUCGUAGGCUGACCUGACUUUGCGAUCACUGAUAGCUUUUACAACAAGACACCGUAUUCGGGUCUCGAGACUCACAUCACCAACUCGUAUACCAACUCGUUGCUCCAAGCACUGCACUACACAACCCCGGUUAAAACACUGGCAGAAGCGCACACGCACACCUCAUGUCCGAAGGAGAACUGCCUCUUGUGCGAAGCUGGCUUCUUGUUCCGCAUGCUCGGAGACGCGAAGGGCAUGAACUGUCAGGCGAGCAAUUUUUCGAGGGCGUUUGGGGCAAGCCCACAAGGUAAGUCGACAUGGGGGAACCUCCCCGUGGUAAUGAGGAUUUGCACCCUGAUCGUCCUCGUCAUAUGGCCAACAGUGUCUGCUCUGGGGCUCAUGGAUCACGACAACGAGACCUCGUCAACAGUCGCCUACGCCUCGUUGAUCCAAACGUUCUCGCGCUACCUCCUCGAGCAAAUGUCCGCCGAGUCUAACGUCGGUUCGAACGCGCCCUUGUGCAAAGCCAAGACGACCACCGAUGACGCUUCGGUUCCGUCACCCUUGGCUCAACUCUUGAGGAUCGAAGCCAAGACCGUGAGCGUGUGUUCGCAAUGUGGAUCCCAAUCGAAGAGAGACACGGGUUUCAGCACGGUCGACUUGUUGUAUCCUAGGCGGGUGAGUAGAUGCUCAGGGUCAGGGCUUACCCGGCACGCUGGCUAAACAACUUCUCACGUUAGGCGCUCUCAAACGAGGUUCCACCCGCUUCGGAUUUCACGACCUUGUUGCGCAACUCGAUUCAUCGCGAGACCAUCGCCCGCAUGGUCUGUUCGACAUGUCGUCAACCCAAUCAUCUACGGAUACGUCGUGUCGUCGCCGAGACGACCUUGUUACCCCCCGUUUUAGUCGUCAAUGCUGGAGUGAGGACGUCGGAUGAAUUGGAAGUGUGGAUGGACGGGUCAGCGGCUGCGAUGGGAGCGGGGAGCGGGCUGGGAGCGGGAGGUCGGAGGAGGUUCUUGGAGUCGAGGUUCGAGGUUAGGAGGAAGGGCGAGGUGUUGAGCAUUGAGAGUUCACCGAAGGAGGUGAAGGAGAGGAUUGAGGCGGAAAAUGGAGUGGUCUAUGAAUUAAGGGUGAGUUUGUUUGCUGAUUAUGUGGGCCGUGUUGCCGAGCUGACCCGCAACUUGCCGUACUCCUUGCCAGGCCAUGGUGGUUCAGAUCCAGUCGGAAGGGGAUGCACCGCAUCUGGUUGCACUGGCCAGAGGUGGGUUUCAGGGAAAGACAGGGUAUGCGAUGAAGCAUCCAUCUCACGCAGUCAAUCUCGCCUCGUACACAGUGUCAUCUGAGGAAAGGAAUCCCGGCUCAUCGUGGCAUGUCUUCAACGACUUCCUCGUCCGCCCCAUCAGCGAGGACGAGGCGCUGAGCUUCCCUAGCUCAUGGAAGGUACGGUAUUCCUUCACAUGCUACAUGGGGAUCUGGUGGAUUGAAAUCUGCUUGAUUUGCCCACGUAGAUUCCGGCGGUUCUGUUCUACCAGCGCGUCGACUCGUCGUCUCUGCUCGACUUCUCGGCGCUGCCUCUCAAGGGCGACCCCUCAAUCCUGUGCGAGGAUAUCACAGUCUCAAAGUAAGCCCAAUCCGACGUCAACCUUGUGAUCAGAUCAGUGAUGCUGACUCACCCAUUUCACCGAGCCUAUAGGAACCGCGAUCCAAAACUGAUCAAACACCAACCCCUUAGAACGAUCGAGCUCCCCCAUCCGGGAACACUCAUCUCCAUUGACGCCGAAUUCGUUUCCCUUCAAUCGGAAGAAGCCGAAUUCCACUCCGACGGAACGAAGAAGGUUCUGAGACCUAGUCGAAUGACGUUGGCUAGGGUCUCGGUGUUGAGAGGGGAAGGGGAGGAUACGGGGAUUCCGUUUAUUGAUGAUCAUAUUCAUACGAGUGAAUCGGUCGUCGAUUAUUUGACGGAGUUUUCGGGUAUUCAAGGUGCGUUGAAUUUGCUCGUCCAAGGGCGAUGUUUCCGAGCUGACGUUUCCCUCGUCUAUUUUCAGCGGGUGAUCUCGAUCCUUUUGUUUCGAGACAUACGUUGGUCCCGCUCAAGGUCGCGUACAAGAAGUUGAGGAUGCUCGUCGAUCUCGGCUGCGUCUUUAUCGGCCACGGGCUCAACAAGGAUUUCCGUAUCAUCAGUGAGUUCACCUUCACCUCAUCAUUCGCGCUUUCGGGGAUUUGAGGAGGGUGACUCACAGCGAUGAUACCCCAGACAUCUACAUCCCUCCUUCCCAAAUCAUCGACACCGUCAACAUAUACCAUCUCUCGCAUCGCCAACGCAAGCUCUCCCUCCGGUUCCUCGCCUGGGCAGUACUCAAAUUGGACAUCCAAUCCGACGCGCACGACUCGAUCGAAGACGCUAGGACAGCGUUGCAGUUAUACGAGGAAUAUUAUAGAUUGGAGGCGGAGGGGACUUGGGAGGAGGUGUUGGAGGAAGUGUAUAGGGAUGGGAAAGCGACGGUGAGUGGACUUAUUUCGUGGGCCCAGGGGGGGGGUAUGUGUCUGACCACCCAAGACUUGCUCUUCAUGA